UUGUUUGGCCCGUAAUCAGUUUGCUUGUUAGUAAAUCUUUUCAAAUUCAUGAAACAAGUUAGAGCUGUUUUCCUACAAAAUGGAUAUUCUACAUCCUUAUAUGCUUAGUAAAGAUCAACUGUUGGAGAUCUUCCGACAGCGCAACUUCCUAAUCCCCCGGUUGGAUGAACUGAGCCGCGACGAGUUGAUUGGCCUCUACGUGAGACACUUGCUACCACAACCAAGGAGGGGUGAAACCCCUAGUUCCAGUUCGUCCACAAGCAUCGGUACGAACGGUUCCACCCAAUCACCGGACGUAGAAAUGAAAGAUGUAGGACAGAGUCGCAAAAGUUCCACCGCACGACAAAGGAUCGUUUUCUCAGACCAGAGCCCGCAGUCGGUGGAUAACGUCAGCAACGGGAUGAAACGGAUCAAACUGAUCAAUGCCACCGAUUGUGGUAGAAUGGAUGGGCGCACAGAUCCGAGCAGAUCUUCCCAGAAUACGAAUAUUAGCACGAAAAGAACGCUUGAGGUUAGUCCCAGUAAAGCUGGCAAUAGUACCAGUAACGGUGGUAUCAAAUUAAAUCCUGCGUCGAAUAAGAGGCAGAAGAUAACGUGGCCGUGAGAAGACUGGCUUGAUUUAGAACUAGGUUUAAUUUAAAUGUGCGAAGUGUGAAACUGUGUUAUUUUUUAUUACUUUGAUGAUGAUAUUUUUCAAUAAAGUAAAUGCAAAACACUAUCAACAGAUAAAUCAAUCCAGAUAUUCCCGGACAAGUUUAGAAAAAUUAUACUAAUAGAAGAUA